GAGAGAUGAAUCGGGAGCUCGAAGAAAACUUUAAUACACGUUUUUUUAACAUUAAAUCUAGUCCUAUAAAUGCAAGUGAUAGAAAUGACAAUAAUAACAAAAUUACCAAAACGGGCACUGUUCAAGGAAUGGAGAACUUCAAAUUUAUUCAUAGAAAUCAAUAUACAGAAACACCGUUUUUAAAUAAUAUUGCUUCAAAUGAGGAAUACUACCAUCAGUUUUCUUGUGCAUUAGAUGAAAUGAAUGACAUCCCUUUUAUAUGCUGCGCAAGAAAUAUUUUUCAUCCCUACAUGACAAACUCCAUUAACUUUCAAGAAAAACCAUUUAGAAAACCGUUUACUGACAGAAAACCUCGCCAAGCCUACAAUGCGUCACAGUUGGAACAACUUGAAAAAGAGUUCAAUUUAAAUAAAUACCUCAGUGCUAGUAAGCGAGUUGAACUGUCAAAGUCGCUGUCUCUGACGGAAGUUCAAAUAAAAACAUGGUUUCAAAACCGUCGUACAAAAUGGAAGAAACAGUUGACAUCGAGGUUAAAAAUAGCGCACAGACAAGGAUUAUGGGUGCCAACUUUACCAACUUCAACAAUUUUUCCACAUACAUAAUAUGAAGGCAUCAAAGCCCUAUUAAGACCUUUAAAAUCAAAAAUAAAAUAAAUAAAACU